AUGCCGCAGCACGGAAAGAAGCAGGUGCACCAGGAGAACAUUGGUCAGCACCCGCACCAUAACAGGCACGAGGGCGAGCAGGAGCCUGGAUACACCGAUCUCGCUCUGGAGGAGGGUCAUGAUCUGAUUUACCGCGCUGAGGAGGAGGCUCAUAUGCACGACGACGAAAAAAUGAUGCCAAAAUCCUCCCAACCCCAGUCCUCCAUGUCCUCUAAAUCCGCCCAACAGCAAAUGGGCAAGCAAGGCGGCAUGACCAAGGACAUGAAAGCCAAGAUGAUGCCCGAGGGCGCGUCCCCUCAGCAGAACAUGCCCCAGGGUUCGUCGUCUUCCGGCGGUGGCAUGGGUGGCUCCUCUGGCAUGGGUGGUAUGGGCCAGCAGCAAAGUAUGGAGGGGUCUGGCGGCAAGGGCAGCAAUCCCGGCCCGUGGUCAAUUCGCAACGGAAGGCGCGACGAGGGUCCUUCCGCCCUCAUUAUCGGACACUGCACCGAUCAGAGCACAUUAUGCCCCUUGAUGAUCUUGAUCAUCUGUUUCGAAGCCAGGCAGCCCCCGGAUUGA